UUCCUGUUUGGGUCUGCCUGUUCCUGUGAGGUCCUGCUACCUGUCCAACAAGAACAAUUCUUCACUCAACAAGUUGGUGACAGUGCCUGGGCCCUGUUUUAGAGAGUAAAAUGUUAAAAAAAUAUUGCUAAAUUGGCGGAAAUGUGAUAUCUAUGCGUGGUGCUGAGUCCUUAAGCGGCUUUAUUUGGGGGAACUUAUUCACGUUUUCCUUCCACUUUUGCCGCUGCUAGCCGACUGCUAACCUAUAGUAGUAACAGUCGCCAAGGGAACAAUGAACAUCCUUCCGAAGAAGAGCUGGCAUGUCCGCAACAAAGACAACGUCGCUCGAGUGCGGAGGGACGAGGCCCAGGCAGCAGAGGAGGAGCGCGAGGCCAAGCGUCGCGUGGAACGCGCGGAGCAAGAGGCACGUACAGAGUAUCUGAGAAGGAAAGCCCGAGCUGCUCUUCAGCCAACAGGAGGAAGCAGAGAUGAUGGUGAUGAGGAACAGGGUGGAGGAAGUGGAGCUCUGGAGCAUCUCAAUCUUUUCCCCCUGGAGGAGUCCUCGGAGAAGAAGGGGAAUGAGGAGUAUCUCAGGGAAAAGAAAGAAGAAAAGGAGAAGCAGGAAAGAGCCAUUGGCUUACUGGUGUCAUUGGGACCCCAGCCGGGGUCUGAGGUCACGCCGUGGUAUCUGAAAAGCAGCAAAGACAAAGAGGAGAGCAAAGAAAAAGAAAAGAGAAAAGGGAUAAGUGAAGAGGAGAGAGAGAAGAAGGAUCGUAGACUGAAGGAUAGUUUGGAUCCUUUGAAAGAUAUGAAGAAAGCUCUCGGAGAGAAAGACAGAAAGGAGCACAAGAGCAAGAAAAAGGAAAAAAGAGACAAAGGGGAAAAGAGGAGCAGCGGCGAGAGCUCGAUAGAAAGGUUACGUGCUGAGCGUUUACAGAGGGAGGCUGAGGAAAGGAGGAGAGCCCAGGCACUUCUGGAGCAGAGGAGCGGCAAAGGAAAGGAGCCUGGGAGGGAAGUGAGCGAGAGGGAGAGGCCUUACAACAGCGCAUACUUCCCAGAACUAGCCCGAAAGCGACAAAGGCGGGACCGGGAGAGCUGGAGAGAUGAGAUUUUAAAAUCCUGAGCUCUCUUUGCUGUUUACAGACUCCAAAUAAAGACGUUCACAGGACGGCGUCACUGUGAACUCACUAUGAUACAAACAGAAAGUCUGAGCCUUCAGCGUUGUGAUCGUUUAUUUUUAUUUAUUAUUUGUUACUCGCAUGAGGGGCAGAGGUCAAAUUUAUCUGCAGAGUUUUACCCAUGAACACAUCAGCAGGGCAGAUGGCCCAUCACAGGGGGCUUGAUGCUCAGCACGCCAGCAAAGACAGCGCUGUGUGAACAGCUGUUAGCAGGACAUAUACAGUAACAAUCUAAAGAGUCUGUUAAUCUAAAAACAUUUACAUUAAAUCGUCUUCUGCGAUGGUUUGAGUUACUAGUUUUAGGCCAUUUCCAUACAUGCAUGCAUCCACCUCCUGCAGGUCUUCUGAGGGAGAGACUGAGACAUUCCCAAACCAGAGAAAGAGGGAUAUAAUGAUUUAAUUUCUCCAGCAUACUCUGGGUCAAACCCAAGGUUUGCUCUUGGUAGGACAUGUCCAAAACAUUUUAACCUAGGAGGCAUCAUAUUCAGAUGACCGAUCCACCUCAGCAGGCUCCUUUAGAUGUGGAGGAGUAGCGGCUGUGCUCAGAGUACUUCCAGAAUGACAGAGCUCCUCACCCUGACUCUAAAGAAGCGCUUCAGAGGAAGAUCAUCUCCACGGCUCGUAUCUUCGACAACUCUUCACCGAUCCAAAUCCCUUAUAAUGUAUGAUUAUCAAAUAUAAACAAAAAUCAUAAUUAAUAUUUUCAGUAUUCUGUGACACUGCUGGUUUAAAGAAACACUGUAAAUGUCAAUGGCAACAAUAAAAGUAUUAUUAUUUCCAGGAAAAAG